UUCCUCUGUCCUGUCUUUGUGGGUAUUUGCUGCUGAGGAGAAGAGGACGAAGGAAAACCUUAUUCCUGAACCUGACUGUGUGCUUUGACUGGUUAAAGGUGUUAGGAAAAUGCCAGGCUUGUGUCAGCCCCUUGGACCCUCCAGCUGUGCAGGGAGGCUCUGACUGCCCAAGGGUGCUGAGAACACUCAGGAAAGUCCAUCAGUGGCAUGGAGUGAACAGGCUUUACAAGGAAGCAGGAACAUGGAGAUCUCCCUCAGGAACUUCCUCCUCCAGUUCAUCUUCUUGGGGGCAGUGAGGGACCUCACGAGGUCGGAAGCGCGCGUGGCCUCCGUGCCGGGCGCGGCGGCGGCGGCCAAGGCGGCGGCAGUGUCGGGCACCCGCAGGGACACGGCGUUGACGUUCACAAAGGGUGGGAUCACCUUUCUCUGGACCUCAGGACCUUAACUCCUGUCCCUCCAAGGAGUCUGCCAAGACCAUGUCCCAAACCACAGGGCGGAUAUGAUUCAAACAUUUGUCUGCCAGCAACAGAGGAAAGAGUGUUUAGUGCCUCGGGCAAUGCUCCCAGUCCCCCCGGCAGCCACCGAACGGCGCAACAAAUCGAAUUAGUAACAAUACAAGAAUCAUUAAAUAACGUCGGUAAUGAAUCGCAGACGUCACUGUGCUGCUUUUCACCAGCAACAAAAACCUCAGUGGCUACUGUAUCCCAUCAGGACCUGCCCAGGGAGGGCGAGCUGGUGUUGAGUGAGGAAAAGCUGAGCUGUGAACACUCCUGGUAUUACUUUGAAAUCAGUCACCACAUUACUCUCAGCCAGCUCCACACAGAGCAGGAUUAUCCAUCCAGGUCCCGGCUCUGACAGGGCUGUGAGUGGAGGCCACGGGGGCUUGUGCUUCCUCCACUGACCCACUCUUCCUCCUCUGGCUGCCGCUGCCCCUUGCCUGAGAUGGGGUGUCUGUGGAAUACCGGGCAGGACACAACCCAGCAGCCUUGCUGCCAGCCUGCUGUGCUCUGGGGACACGUAAAUCUGCUGAAUGGUUCCUGUGUGAGCCCGCGCAGAGCCCAACAGAGCGACGCUGCCUAAUUGGAGCUUUUAAUGCGCCGUGGAGCUGGUGCGGGUUAGAGCAGCCGCCGGGGCCGGAGGAUGCUUAGGACCCAGGGGAAGCGCUGUGGAGCCUGGCUGGGCUUGGAACGGCUCCUGCCUCCCCGGCCAGCACUUCUCAGGUGUCCUGGUACACGGAGCUGUGCGAGGCGAGCGGGGCCCUCCGGCAGCUGCCCCCGGCCGCCUCCGCGCCCAUGCCCGGCUCUGCCUGGGCACCCAUGCGCUGGCCCGGGGACCCCUGUGCACCAUGAAUGACCAGUACCACCGAGCCGCCCGCGACGGCUACCUGGACCUGCUGAAGGAAGCCACCAAGAAGGACCUGAACUCGCCAGACGAGGAUGGCAUGACCCCGACGCUGUGGGCUGCCUACCACGGCAACCUGGACGCCCUGCGGCUCAUUGUCAGCAGAGGGGGUGAUCCAGACAAAUGUGACAUCUGGGGGAACACCCCCCUCCACCUGGCAGCAGCCAACGGCCACCUGAACUGCCUCUCCUUCCUCAUCUCCUUUGGGGCCAACAUCUGGUGCCUGGACAAUGACUACCACACGCCCCUGGACAUGGCAGCCAUGAAGGGGCACAUGGAGUGCGUGCGGUACCUGGACUCGAUCGCUGCCAAGCAGAGCAGCCUCAACCCCAAGCUGGUGAGCAAACUGAAGGACAAGGCCUUUCGGGACGCAGAGCGGAGGAUUAAGGACUGUGUGAAGCUGCAGAAGAAGCACCACGAGAGGAUGGAGAAACGGUACAGAAAGGAGAUGUCAGAUAAUUCGGAUACCAUGAGCUUUUCCAGCUAUUCAAGCAGCACCUUGAGCAAGAAGUUCCAGCACAUGUCCAUGGUGACUUCCCUGCCAUACUCACAAGCCACCAUCCACGGCACGGCCAAGGGAAAGACAAAAAUACAAAAGAAAUUAGAGAAGAAGAAGCAGGUGGACGGGACGUUCAAGAUCUACGAGGACGGGAGGAAAAGCGUGCGGUCUCUCUCUGGCCUGCAGCUGGGCAACGACGUCAUGUUCGUGAAGCAGGGCACGUACGCCAGCCCCAAGGAGUGGACGCGCCGCAACAUCCGGGACAUGUUCCUGGCGGACGACGACACCGUCUCCCGUGCCAUAAGCGACCCGGGCCUGCACAUGGACUCGGCCCACUCGGAGGUCAGCACCGACUCCGGACACGACUCCUUGUUCAACCGCCCCGGGCUGGGCACCAUGGUGUUCCGGCGCAACUACGUCAGCAGCGGGCUCUUCGGGAUCGGCCGCGAGGACGGCGCCGCGCCGGGGGAGGACGGCGCCGACGGGACGGGCGUCAGACUGCGGAGCCGCCUGCAGCGCUCGCCAAGUCUCAACGACAGCAUUGGCAGUGCCAACAGCCUGCAGGAGAGGAACGCCGAGGAGCUGCCCUGGGACGAGGUGGAGCUGGGCUUAGACGACGACGACGAACCGGACACCAGCCCCUUGGAAACUUUUCUGGCUUCCCUGCACAUGUUUGAGUUCAUCUCCAUCCUGAAGAAGGAAAAGAUUGACUUGGAAGCCCUCAUGCUGUGUUCAGACAAUGACCUGAAGAGCAUCAAUAUCCCACUGGGCCCCAGGAAAAAGAUUGUGGAUGCCAUCCAGAGGAGACGACAAACGCUGGAGAAGCCGGAUGUCAUUGUAGACACUGAACUAUAGCAGCAGCAAUUUUUUUUUUUUUUUUUAAUGCUCGAGAAACAAACCCAGUUCUAAGUUGCCAGAAAACACAAGCCAGAGACUCCCUUCCUGGGGCAGCUGAGAGCUACAGCCAUCCCCACCAGUCCCAUGGGACUGCUCCCUUGCUCUGCUCCCUGUCUGUGCAAUGCUCCCGGGCAGUUCCUGGCACGGAGGGACAACAGCCAAGAUUGGACCAGGCAGCUCCAACCAGCCAGCCUGCAAGGGACCGUGGUCUCCCACUCGCUGGAAGAAGGAGUGAGCUGCACAGAUGGCUGGGACGCUGCUGUCACAGGCUGUGAGACCACACCAAGCCAUGAACAGAAGGAGAUAACGUGAUAUUUUCAAAGGGACCCAAAAUAAAUAAUUACAAUCCA